AUGGUAAAUGGACUAAACCCAGCAACAGCUGCUGCCCCCAUGAUCCAAGUAAACCAAGGCACGGGAAUGUUGCCUCCGCCUGGGAAUGGUGUUGGUGUUGGUGCCGGAUUUGCUGGUGCAACGCCGCUGCCUGGUGCUUCUAAUCUCGGUUUUAUUGGUUUGGCUCCUCCAGGUUGUGAUACACGUGGUGGUAGUCCUGGCCUGGCUCCCACUGCUGCGUUGCCUAGAAGUCAUGUAUAUGCUGGCAAUAUGCAACAGCCAGGUGCUCACCCCACGGCCAACAAUGAGUAUAUCAAGCAAAUAGUUCAAAAGUCCGCCAUGUCUAAUCCUGGUCUACCUGAUUGGCUUUGCCAGAAGAUUGCCCGGUUUUGCAUGCAAACGGAAUACUAUUACUUUAAGUUGUCAGAACUCGGGGAUCCUGCCAUGCAGCAUGCAUGUGAAGAACAACAGCAGCAACAACAACGGAGUAUAGAUUUGAGAGAGCAGCAGCAGCAGCAGCAGCAAAGCGGAGGUCAAGAUGUUCGGAAUGGCGUGAAAUCAACAUUGGACAUGGUGAAUGGACUAAACCCAGCAACAGCUGCUGCCUUCAUGAUCAAUGAGACCAGUUCGUGGCAAGCUGAUCCAAAUGUGGCAGAUCAACGUCGGAAUGACAGUGAUCCCCACGCUCAGCGUCGGUAUUGCAUCUACGAAAUAUUUCAAACGAUCGUCAACCUUAUUCCUCCUCUACAGCGUGGGAGUUUGUGGAUCAUUCUCCAAGGUGCUUUGGAGAUGGAACUCAGUUUCUUCUACCAUGCUAAAACUACGGAGGAAUAUAAUUCGAUGAUCUUAGACUAUGUGAAGGACACCAUAACUGCACAGCGUGGGAAACCCCAGCAGCCAGGACUACAACAGCAGCAGCAAAGCAGAAGUCAAGCAGCUAACCCCAUGAAUGUGGACAAUGCCGCAGGCAGGGCAGCAUAUGUGCAGCAGCCACAGAUUGGCAAGCGUAACGUUGCAGUGCAACCACAACAAACGCAGCUUUGCCAGCUUCGCCAGCUCUUAUCCCAACCAAACUACCAGCAGCGGCAGCAGCUACAAAAACAGCAGCCGCUACAACAACAGCAGCACCUACAACAACAGCAGCUACAACAAAAACAGCCGCUACAACAACAACAGCAGCUACAACAACAACAGCAGCAGGAGAAAAGCAGAGGUCGAGCUAACUCCAUGAAUAUGGACAUUGCAACACAAAAAGCAAUGCCUGCACAGCAUAUUGCUGCAAUGCAGCAGCACAAACAACAGCAUCAGCGCCAGCUUCUCCAUCAGCAGCGCCCUCAGCAUUUAUCCCAGCAUCAGCAGCAACAGCACCAGCAGCAGCAACAACAACAGCAGCAGCAGAUGGAAGCUCAGCUGAACCAAAGCCAGUCCACAGCACAGCACUUUCAAUGUCUGGCCAAUGCGCCUAGCCGCUCAGCUUCUAGCACACCCGUGCUGAACAAAAAAGUCAAAACCGAAGGCGAGGCCACAUCUAGUGUGUCAACAGCGGCCACAAAUUCACCUCGGCUUGUUGCUACUCUAAAUCAGGCUGCAGCGUCCUCAGCUAGCUCUCUGGUUGCCAGCACUAACCUGCUAUCUGCAGUCAACCAGUCGCCAGCAGCUCUAACUGCAGCGUCGGACAGCACACUUCAAUCCAGUGCUGGAGACAAAGAUACUGGCAGUCUUCCGGCCGAUAUGUUUCCAUUUACCUCUCCAGAAGCUGAGGGACAUCCAGGCAAGAAAUCUAACCCCGUGGAUAUUGAACGUGCAGCACAUCAGGCAACAUAUGAGCAGCGAGCACAGAGUGGCAACAAUAUUGUUCCAGUGCAACAGCAACAGCAGCAGCUGCAGCAGCAGCAGAAUCCGAUGGAAGCUCAGCUGAACCAAAGCCAGUCCACAGCACAGCAGAUUCAAUGGCUGACCAAUGCGCCUAACCGCACAGCUUCUAGCACACCCGUGCUAAGCAUGAAUGUCAAAACCGAAGGCGAGGCCACAUCUGAUGUGUCAACAGCGGCCACGAAUUCAUCUCGGCCUGUUGCUACUCUAAAUCAGGCUGCAGCGUCCUCAGCUAGCUCUCUAUUUUCCAGCACUAACCUGCUAUCUGCAGUGAACCAGUCGCCAGCAGCUCCAACUGCAGCGUCGGACAGCACACUUCAAUCCAGUGCUGGAGACAAAGAUACUGGCAGUCUUCCGGCCGAUAUGUUUCCAUCUACCCCUCCAGAAGCUGAGGGAGAUCCAGCUAACCCCGUGGAUAUUGAACGUGCAGCACAUCAGGCAACAUAUGAGCAGCGAGCACAGAGUGGCAACCAUAUUGUUCCAGUGCAGCAGCAACAGCAGCAGCCACAGCAGCAGGAGAAUCUGAUGGAAGCUCAGCUGAACCAAAGCCAGUCCACAGCACAGCAGAUUCAAUGGCUGACCAAUGCGCCUAACCGCACAGCUUCUAGCACACCCGUGCUAAGCAUGAAUGUCAAAACCGAAGGCCAGGCCACAUCUAAUGUGUCAACAACGGCCACAGAUUCAUCUCAGUCUGUUGCUACUCUUAAUCAGGCUGCAGCGUCCUCGGCUAGCUCUCCGUUUUCCAUGACCAAUAUGUUAUCUGCAGUCAGCCAGUCGCCAGCAGCUGUCGCUGCAGCUUCGGACAGCACACUUCAAUCCAGUGCUGAAGACAUAGAUACUGGGAGUGUUCAGGCGGCUAUCAUUCCAUCUACCACUCCAGAAGCUGAGGGAGUUCAAGACAAGAAAUUCGAAAUGUCUGCGGAGAUUGUGCGGGAUACGUUUCUUCCAAUUGUGGAUCAAUUGUGCGAUCAUGAUGAUCGCAAAACUUUUCUACAACCUGUCGAUACGAUUCUUUUGAACUGUCCGGACUAUCUGGAAAUCGUGAAGGAGCCAAUGGAUUUGUCAACUUUGAGACAGAAGCUUUGCAGUCUUGAAUACACCGAUCCAUGGGAAUUCAUUGCGGAUGCCUACAAGAUUGUGGAGAACGCAUGGUUGUACAAUAAGAAGACCACAACAAUUUAUAAGCAAGCUACUCGACUACAUGAGUUUUUCAAAAAGAUCAUCGAUGAGCCCAUGCAGAAUAUUGGAUUUUGUUGUGGCCAGUCGAGGUUCUACACACCUCAAGUGCUGUAUUGUGCGUGCAACUCCUGCAUUAUUCCUCGAGAUGCGGUCUGCUAUGUGUACAAGGGCAAGGAGGCGAUGGUGCACUAUUGCAAGAAGUGCUUCAGUGAAGUCAACAAGUCAGUCAAUGUGGGAUCUGAAGGGGACGUUUUGAAAGCGAAGUUUCAGGAGAUGAAAAAUAACGUCAAAGACCCUGAACCCUUUGUGGUUUGUUCGAUUUGUGCACGGCGUAUGCACAAAGUUUGUGUUGGAUUCCAUCCCUCCAUCUGGAAAAGAGGCUAUGAGUGCAAGGAGUGCCUGACAAAGAACAACAAGACUGAGCCUGUCAACAAGUUCACUGCUGAAGCACUGCCGCGCAAUGCUCUGGCUACAUACCUUGAGGAGAGAAUCAACGCUUACCUUAAAACUGCUGAUACGAACCGUGAAGCCGGCCACGUUCACAUCCGUGUGCUCUCCAGCAGCAAGCAGACAGUGAAGGUCAAGGAUGCAACCAAAGAAAAGUUUGAGGAGCUAAGUGCUACAUCUUUCCCGGAGGAGUUUCCUUAUGUAGCAAAGUCUGUCUUUGCUUUUGUGGAAAUUGAUGGCCAGGACGUGUGCUUCUUUGGCAUGAUCGUGCAUGAGUUUGAUUCUGACUGUCCCGAGCCUAAUAGGCGGCAUGUAUACCUUUCGUAUCUGGACAGUGUCCAUUUCUUCCGGCCAAAGCAGUUGCGUACUCAAGUGUAUCAUGAGCUGCUUAUCGCUUAUCAGGACUAUGUCGCAAAGCGAGGCUUUGUCGCUGUUAACCUUUGGGCAUACCCUCCUGAUAAAAACCAGGACUAUAUUUUCAACUGUCAUCCACCUGGGCAAAGGAUACUCACACAAGAGCGUCUAAUAGAGUGGUACAAGACAAUGCUGGAGAGUGCAGUUGCUCGAAAAGCUGUUAUCGAGUUUCGCGAUAUUCACCAGUCCACACUUCAAGAUCAAGUCAGCGUACCGACCGGUAUGCCAUACUUUGAGGGUGAUUACUGGCCUAAAGUGUUUGAGAAGAUCGCCCAGGAGGAAAAAGCGGAGAAGAUCGCAGCUGAGGCCGAGCAGAAGAAUGGCAAGUACGGCCGAAAGAAGAAGAGCAAGCCGGCACCGGCACGGAAGAGAAAAGAUUUCGCUGCGCGUGUCCUGACCCGGCUGGAGAAGGAUAAAAGUGCAUUCUUCACCAUCACGCUGAUUUCUUCAGAAAAGGUUGCCAACCUUAAACCCAUGCAGGAGGAUGUGGCCGAGCAGCAAAGCGUCAAUGUGAUGGAGAGUCGGGAUUCAAUUCUUGCGAUUAUGACAUGUGUGCUAAGUGCCAUCAAAAACGCGGCCAUUAUCACCCGAUGGAGGAACAUGGUCGGCGGUCAUUAA